GGUUCAAUGCGACCUAAUAUCAUGCAACACGUCAGCAACGUCAAUAACGAGGUCUACAUUAAUUACCUAGGCACUUAGCACAUUGCGGAUUCAUCAGCAGUACCCCUCUUCUCAAAAGGUGACCAAGUAAGCCAUUUUCCUUUGGUUCUUUUGCACUUCAUAGAUUCCUGUUCCUCUUCCGUUCGAUAACAGGCAUCACGAUAGAAACAUCUCGGCAGUGCUGUCCAUGAUGGCCGACACCAAACAGACUGAUUUUUCUGUGAGCUUUUAUUCACGUCCCAUACUCUCCAUAUAUCAUUAUAUAAUUCUAUUCAACUUCACUUAUAUGUGGAAAUGCUCCCUGAUGUCGGUUGUCUUCCCAUUCUUCAGUGAGAAUUUCUCAGAGAACCAUCUUGACUGCGGUGUAGCGGACGGAUAUUUUCCGCUUUCGACGUUACAACGACCCUAUAGAGAUCAAAAGAAGCAGCGCCUUACUCUAUUGGAUGCCAAUGCCAAUGCCUUACAGGUUGCGAAAGCGCAUGUACUAUCAGGAUCGCCAGCAACGGAGAUAAGGACGAUCGAGGCCGACGUAACAGCACCUCUGGUCCAGGAACUUAAGGGCGUCAAGUUUGACUCUAUCUCCAUGUUUAACUUGUUCCACUGCAUCCCUGGUGGUUCAGGGAAAUGGAGGGCAUUCGGCAUCUUUAAGGAAGUGCUAUCCGACGAUGGUGUAUUAACGGGCUGCACAGUUCUUGGCGAAAGACAUGCCCCAAGCAGUCUUCCUUGGUGGUAUAAUGCCUUAUAUAACAGAAUUGGCAUAUUCCACAACUGGGAUGACACAAAAUCGGAUGUCGAAAGUGCCCUGAAGAAAGAGUUCGCAGAGGUGGACACUUGGCUUGUCGGCAUGACUUUGCUCUUCAAAGCAAGAAAACCGCGAAAGGCUUGAGUGACUUACUUAGGCACACUCAUAUCCAGAGGCCAGAUA